CAUAAUAAAAGUGUCGUUGCCAGACUGAUUUCUAACCAAAACAAAAGAAAAAAUCAGCUGUCAGUAAAUUCCAUACGUUCACACUUCUCAUUACUUAUUAUUUACUUUGUUGAAAAUGGCCCAAAAACCCUGCAGUGAGUCGACCAACGGGUCGACCACCCAAAUAGUAGAUGAAGCUGAUGCCAGCGCACCCGUAGAUGGCACCAGCACCACACCCACACUGCAGCUGCGUCUCGAACAUCCCAGAGAUGAACGCCGGGUGGUUUUUCACGACGGAGUCAUUGACAAUGAGCACCUAAACCGCAAGAAGUCCAAAUGCUGCUGCAUAUACAAGAAACCACUGGCAUUCGGCGAGAGUUCUUCGGAGGACGAUGAAGAUUGCGAGCACUGCUUUGGCCAUCCUGAGAAGCGGAAGAAGAACACCAAGCACAACCAUAGCCACGAUCACGGGGAUGGGUCGACUCCACAUGGAAUCCUGCCGGAUGUGCCUUCUACGUCUACACAGGCCGCGGAAACGAGCCCUCCCCCAGCAGAGCCAGUUUCCACGCCCCCUAAAUCACAACCCCCCAACCAAGGCAAUGAUUUGGAACAGGCUGGCAAUUUGUAGGGCUAACAUAAUUUUCAAUAUGUAUAAUUUAAAAACGUUAACAAAUCGGAACCAACACUAAACACCUUUAAAAAGAUAA